AUGUACACCUUCCGGGAUUCAGCCCGGCCGGCCGGAUCCCUGCGUGGCGCGACGCGGCCCAAAUCGCACAAUUACGCCCAGCGACGUAAUGACGACCUCUUGCGUCCGCCCAUCCCGAGGUGGCUCAACAGCGCCCGGGGCGCGAUCGCCUCCCACAGCGCGCCCCGAGCCAAGCCCUUCAAAAAAAUAUGGCCACCCGGCGGCAAGCCACGGCCGGAGCCCGUGCGGCCCGUCUGGGGAUCGCCGGAUCCCGUCGUGCUGGAGCGGAUCUCGCAGACGUACCUGCCGUUCCAGUUCUCGCCCGCCGGGGAUCCCGUCUUCUGCCUGGGUGAGGCCGCCGCGGAGCAGCUGGCCUACGACAGUGCCGCGCGGGUGGUCUACGUGUCGGGGAACAAGCUACUGAGGGUGUUGGACAUCGAAGACCCUGCGAAUCCCAUUACGUCCGUAACCGUGGAUGUGCCUAACGAGGUGACAGACGUGUAUUGGUGCGGUGACUACGUCGCAGCCACGAUACCAGCGGAUCCGGAAUCCCUUCCAGGAUUCGUUUUCAUUUUCAGCGCAUACAAGAGAGAGUCCCCGGAGGCUGGCCUGCCACUCCUGGCACAGGUAAAGGUGGGGGCCCUGCCUGACGCCUUGGCCUUCACACCCGACUGCGCAACCAUCCUGGUGGCCAACGAGGCUGAGGCGGGCGUCAACAAGAAGGGCAAGUUCAGCAAUCCAGAGGGGACCGUGUCGAUCAUCGAUGUUGCAGCCACCGUGGAGGCUGCGGGGAGCGGGGGGGACGUCCAGGAUGCGGUGAAGACGGUUGAUUUCAAGUUCAUGAACAAGGAUGCCGAUAGCUACACAGAGAAGGGGGUGCGGUGGAUUUGGCGGGGCCAGGGUCUGGACAGUAAGAAGAAGGCAAAGAAGGAGACCUUUAGCAGGGAUAUCGAGCCCGAGCAGGUCGUGCCAUCAAAGGACGGGAAGCGUGUGUACAUCAACCUGCAGGAGAACAAUGCCAUGGCUGUGCUCGACCUGGAGACCAUGAAGAUCACAUCCGUCACAUCUUAUGGCAUGAAGGACUUCAGCACAGCAGGCAACGAGGUGGACCUCAUCGAAGAUGGAAAAUUUGAAUUGAAGAAUUGGCCUGCGAAGGGAUUGUACCAGCCUGAUGUCAUCAAAGUAUUUGAGCAUGAGGGAAAGCGCUACAUAGCCACGGCGAACGAGGGCGACAUCAAGAAAUACGGGGAGGACCAGAACAUCACGGAGUGGCUGGAGAAGCGGGAGGGCGCGGCCUUCGAGGGCCUGACGAGGAAGACGAUCGACGCCAGCACCGAGCAGGCGCUGGUGGACGAGGGCCAGCUGGCCGCCGUGACCUUCAGCGGGGUCGACGGGCUGUCCGGGAAGAAGAAGGGGGGCAACGACACGUACAACGAGCUUGUCCUCUAUGGUGGCCGCAGCUUCAGCAUCUUCCUGGAAGAGGACCUUAGCCUGGUGUACGACAGUGGCAGCCUGUUCGAGUCAGUCGUUGGCAAAUACUUCGCCUGGACCUACAACACCGAUGACCCGGACAGCUGGUGCACCAGAGCGCCUGCCCCCACUGUCGAAUCGGCAUUCCCUAAUGGCGAGGCGCUCAUGGACCCACAGCUGCUGGAGGAGGACCUUGCACAGGCGGUGAUCGAUGCGGACGCCUUCGCCAUGAGCCCCAAUCCCGAGGCGGAUGGCCUGGAGGAGCCCAGCAACGCCCUGACGUCCAAGCCCUCCGACACCUUUGACACGGAGUCCACCAGCAAGGGCCCCCAGCCCGAGGCUCUGGAGAUUGGAUUCCUUGGCGACAGGCGCAUUUUGAUAUCCACCGUGGAGAAGGGCGGCGUCCUGUUCGUGUUCGACAUCUCCGACCCAACUGCGCCGGUGUGGCAGUCCGCCGUCUAUCCGGGCGCCCACGGGGCCACUUAUGCGGAGCUCUACAACUCAAUGACCCUGGCGGAUCUGGACCCCGAGGGGCUCGACCUUAUCUCCGCUGAGGAUAGCCCCAUAGGAGAGCCCUUGCUCCUCGUGUCGGGCGCGGUGAGCGGCAGCGUGUCGAUAUACAAGAUCACCACCGCCCAGGUGGCCGACGACUGUCCCAACGGGGAGCCCGUGUUCGAGGACGACGGCACAAAGGCCACGGUCGUCUCGUCCACCACAAACUGUUGA